AUGCACUUCAGCUCUUCCCUCGUGGCCGCCACCCUGGCAAUCGGCGCAAACGCUGCUCAGUACAAGCGUCAGGAUUAUGGCAACUUCAACCAGACCUCGACCGCUGCCGCCUUCAGCUACGCUCCUGUAUCUGGCUCUUCGGUCGCUGCUCCCGUCGCUUCUUCCGUCGAGGCUUCCUCGGUCGCCAUCCCUCUCUCCACUGGCGCAUACGAGAGCUCAGCCGCUGCCGUCGAGACCAGCGCUGCUGCCAGCUCGGUCGUUGCUCCCCUGAGCACCGGUGUCUCUGCUUACCCUAGCAUCAACACCAACGCUGCCUUCGGAACCGGUGCCUACGGCUCUGGUGUCACUUCUGCCCCUGCUGCUGGUGCCACUGGAUCUGAGGUUGUAACUGCCUACACCACCUUCACCACUGAUGUGACUCUUACCUACACCAUUGGCGGUGGCUCGACCAAGUCGGUCAUCACCACCACUAUCCACAAGACCUCGACCGCCUACCAGACUCAGACCGUCUACGCCACCCCUGUCGCUUCGGCCUCGGCCGCUGCUUCUGGCUACGGUAUGGACGAGUCCGACUCCACCUCGACCACCACUCUGUCGACCACCAGCACCACUACCAACACCGUCACUGUUUCGCCUACCUCCACUGGCUCUUACCUCAGCUUCUGGGGCGAGAAGGCCGCCGUCACCGGAAACGGUGCAAGCUAUGGUGCUCCCGGAACUGGCGCCAGUGCUACUGACUCUGCUGGCUGCGCCGCUGCUUCUACCGUCACUGUUACUGCCAGCGAGACCGUCUACGUCACCGUUGACUCUGCCAUGAGCACCAUUGCUCAGAGCACUGCCACCGGUGCCAGCGUUGUCCCCAAGCAGAGCAGCGCCGCUCCUUACUACCCCACUACCUCCGCCGGUGCCGCCAGCUCUUCCAGCUGCGCUUCCACUGGCUUCAUCACUGUCCACAGACCUUCGGGCGCCGCCUACCCUACCGCUUACUAG